GUGGAGGAUGGGGAGAGGGAAAAUAGGCUUGACCGGGUUAUGGGGUUUAAUGUUGUUCACUUGUGUGUAUCUAACACCCCAAACAAUGGGUUCAAAGAAUGAGAGCAAAACCUGUAAUCCGUCUCAUUGCGGCAUCAUCACAAACAUCUCAUAUCCAUUUCGUCUCCGAGGCGACCCGCCCAACUGUGGCCUCGGGCCUUACGAGUUAGCCUGUGAAAACAAUGUCGCUCUGCUUCGUCUCAAUCCUGCAGGGACAGCAACAUACCAAGUACUGCGAAUCAACUAUGACAACUACACAAUCCGAGUCAAAGACCCUGGCAUUCGGGAGGACGAUUGCUCCUCCCUCCCUCGCUAUACCUUAUCCCUAUCUAAUUUCACCUACACUUCUAAUUCUUCCUUGGAAUAUGAUAAGGAUAAUCCCUAUGAUGCCUUUCUGGGCGGUUCCCCUGCAUUCCACCACGUCAUUUACCUGAACUGUAGUGAUCCGGUGAGGGACGCUGCGGGCUACGUGGAUACGGCUCCCUGCGUGGAUUGGGGAGCCAAAGGAGAAGGAGGAGGCCAUGUUUAUGUCGUGGCUGGCAGAGACUUAGAGGCCCAGAGGCUGAAACCUGAGUGUCGUGUGAAAUCAGUGGCCGCCAUUGCUUUAGAUUGGAGUUCAUUCCUGGACCAGAGAAGCUACUUCUACGCUGAUAUUCACAGAGUACUUUCCUAUGGUUUCGAGAUUUCGUGGUGGCGACUAGGUUGUUCUGAUCUUUCUUGUAGAGUCGACUCCGAGGGGUGCUGGCUCCGCAAUAACCAGGUCUAUUGCGAAGUUUACGCGGAGCUGGCCAAUUGCCAACCGCAUGUAUUACCUUUUCAUCUCUUUUGUGGAAUGGCCCAAUAUCUCAGCAAGCGCGUAAAAGGUUUGUCAUCUUCGAAGCGUAUUAAUCAGUUUGCAAAGGAAUAUUUAAGGCAAAAGAGUCUUGACUCCAAGCCUGGUGAUAAAGUUGAUGGACAUUUCAUUUCAUUCACCUUAGGAAAAAUCACAGCAUAUGUUACGCCAGCAAUUAUUCUAAGAUUUCUGGUUGGUAUAGUAUUUCUGUUCAUCUUGCUGAUUUACACAUAUCGGAGAAGACACUUGUCAGGCUAUGGAAGCAUUGAAGAUUUCAUACAACUUCAUAACCUUCAUCCAAUAAGGUACUCCUACAAGCAACUGAAGACUAUGACAAAAGGUUUCAAGACUAAGUUAGGUGAAGGAGGCUUUGGCACUGUCUACAAAGGGAAGCUAAGGAGUGGACCUGAUGUCGCAAUUAAAAUGUUGGGUAAUAAAUCCAAAGCUUCUUGUCAAGACUUCAUCAAUGAGGUGGCAACUGUCGGAAGGAUACGCCAUUUCAAUGUGGUACGUCUUGUUGGCUUUUGUGUGGAAGGAACUAAACGUGCUCUUAUCUAUGAAUUCAUGUCCAAUGGAUCUUUGGAUAAACAUAUAUUUUUCCAAGAAGGAAGUGUCUCCUUAAGUUAUCGCAAAAUCUAUGAGAUAUCUUUAGGAGUGACUCGUGGCAUUGCUUAUCUUCAUCAUGGCUGUGACAUGCAAAUAUUGCAUUUUGAUAUCAAGCCUCAUAAUAUUCUUCUUGAUGACAAUUUGACCCCAAAAAUUUCAGAUUUUGGACUGGCAAAAUUAUAUGUUAUUGAUGAUAGCAUUCCCACUUUGACUGCAGCAAGAGGGACAAUAGGAUACAUAGCUCCUGAAUUAUUCUAUAAGAAUAUUGGAAGAGUAUCUCAUAAAUCUGAUGUUUACAGUUUUGGAAUGCUUUUAAUGGAAAUGGCAAGCCAGAGAAGAAACUUGAAUCCACAUGCAGAGCAUUCAAGCCAAUUAUAUUUUCCAUCAUGGAUUUAUGACCAAUUUGAUGAAGAGAAAGAUAUAGAAAUAAUGGAUGAUAUGACAGAAGAGGAAAAGGCUUUGGCAAAGAAAAUGUUCAUAGUAGCAUUAUGGUGCAUUCAGUUUAAUCCUGCCGAUCGCCCUUCAAUGAACAAAGUCAUAGAGAUGUUGGAAGUAGAUGAUGUUUCAAGUCUUGAAAUGCCUCCAAAACCUUCUUUGUAUCCUGCAAAUGAUAGACCCAACUGUGACGAAACAUCAUCUUUAUCCUUCACGUGUUCUCAUUCCAAUCUAUGUGAGGAUGCAAGCGACAUGCAGGAAUAA